CACGGCUUGUCGUUUUUGUUAUGCCAACGUUCUGAACUCCGUGGAUGUCCUCUGAGCCGCCACAACUUGCUUCAGACGGCGUGAUGGCCGACGUGCUCGCCCAAGGCAGAGCCGCCUGCUACAAGGCGCGGGAUGCCUUCUUCGCGUGCUUGGAGAAGGAGUCUGACAAGAAGCCCACCGAGAUCGCCACCGUGGGUCUCCUCUAUCCCGCACAGUGCAAGUCCGCCCGCGCCGAGUUCGCUUCCAAGUGCCGCCCCACCUGGGUCAAGCAUUUCGAUCGGCAGUAUUGCGCCAAAAAACGGGUGCAGAGGUUGCUGGACGACGGGAAUGAUCCCCGCCGAGGUCCCAUCUCCCUCCCUCAGCCCUACACUUUCAAACCCUAGUUCCCUUUGAUCUAUUCCCUGCCACUGGAAAGAGUUUGCUGCUCUUCACACAGACAUCGGUUUGAUCUGUCGGAUCGGCCGUCCAGUUGCUGAAGUCUUUGGAUAUGCUUGUGUUGGAAUUGUAAUCCUUUUGGGAACUUGUUUCCUUCGAUUGUCCUCGUCUUGGUAAAUAGAUGUAUGUGUUAGGAAUGAUAAAUAUUUGAAGUUUAAGCAAUAAUUUUCCAUAAAUGUUUAAG